AUGAAGCUCACCAACGCCGCCGUCGUCCUCGCUGGCGCCGCUCCCCUGGCCAGCGCUUUCCGCAAGGGCUUCAACAUCGGCGCCACCAACGCCGAUGGCAGCUGCAAGACCCAGGCGCAGUGGGCCCAGGACUUCAAGGGCAUGAAGAACCUGCCCGGCAACUUCAAGGACGUGCGUGUCUACGCCGCCUCGGACUGCAACACGCUCGAGCUGGCCGUCCCCGCCGCCGUCGCCGCCGACGUGCAGCUCCUGGUCGGCAUCUGGACCGAGGACGACGCCCACUACAGCGCCGAGAAGGCCGCGCUCGAGGCCGCCAUCUCCAAGCACGGCGUCUCGUGGAUCUCGGCCGUCUCGGUCGGCAGCGAGGACCUGUACCGCGGCGACACGACCGCCUCCAAGCUGGCCCAGCAGGUCUACGACGUCCGCGGCAUGAUCUCGCAGGACAAGUACGGCGGCAAGGGCAUCUGGGUCGGCCACGUCGACACGUACAACGCGUGGAACGCCUCGUCGGCCGACCUGAUCCAGGCCGUCGACUUCCUCGGCGUCGACGCCUACCCCUUCUGGCAGGGCGUCACGCCCGACCAGGGCCAGCAGACCUUCCAGGCCGCCCUCGACGACACCCAGGCCUUCAUCGACCAGUACAACCCCGCCGCCCACCUGUGGAUCACCGAGACCGGCUGGCCCACCGCCGGCCCCAACUUCGGCAACUCGGUCGCCAACACGGCCAACGCCAAGACCUUCUGGGACGCCGUCCUGUGCAAGUACGCCGCCCAGUACUCCAUCUGGUGGUACACCCUGCACGACACCUCCACCGAGGCCCAGGACUUCGGUGUUGUUGAUGACAACUUCGGCGCUCUCUUCGACCUCAACUGCUAA